AUGGCUGCCGCUGCUGCGCAAGUGGGCAGAUCCUGUCUCUAUCGCCGGUCGACAUUGUCUCCUCAAUGCAGACAACUUCUCUUGUCUGAGCCGCUCCCUUCUCGGCCUCUACCGUUCAGACCCCUCCACGCCCGCCUCCCAUUACAACAACGGCGGUCCUUUUCGAACAGCAGGAGGCUAUGGGAGGAAGAGAAGAAGAAAAGAGACAAUGAGAGCUUUACCUCUCGGCUGGGGAAAGCAUGGCGGUCAACCCCUAUACAAUGGAAGCCUAUCCCCAUCGGCUUGGGUAUUGCAUUUCUAGGACUGUUUCAAUUUUACCGCAUUCGCCAAAGAGAAGGCGGUGCACAGGGCACGGAAGCCGCGCCUCCAAAGAGAAAGAGAAUAUAUCCCUCGGGAGGCGGAUGGCAGGUGCAGAUCAUGUCCACCCUCCCCUUGAAGGCUAUCUCAAGAGUCUGGGGCCGCUUCAAUGAGCUCACCAUCCCCUACUACCUGCGUGUCCCAGGCUUCAAGCUCUACGGCUGGAUCUUCGGUGUCAAUUUCGACGAGAUCGCUGAACCCGACCUGCACGUCUACCCGAACUUGUCAGCUUUCUUCUACCGCGAAAUCAAGCCCGGGAUCCGGCCCCUUGAUCCGAACCCCAAUGCCGUCCUCUCACCUGCCGAUGCCAGAGUCCUCCAGUUUGGCACCAUCGAGAACGGCGAAGUCGAACAAGUCAAGGGAAUGACAUAUUCUGUCGACUCCUUGCUGGGGAGAAUUGCGCCGCCGGCUUCUUCUUCCCCCAACAAGCAAAUAUCCACACAACCAAAGGAUCAAACUUCUCCAGAUAGCGCCGACGCAAAAUCCGUUUCAGCCGACGAAGAAUUCGCCAACGUCAACGGCAUCUCGUACACGCUUCCCAAUCUCUUCUCAGGCUCACAGUCUUCCAACAAAAAUCCCGCCAAACCUAAAGCUCAAGAUGCAUCCAUGACCUCUGCUCCAUCAUCCGAAGCCGCCGUGUCCGCCGACCUGGCAAGCACGCAGCCCUGGUGGUCCAUCUUCUCGCAACCGACUCGAUCCUCGAACCUGUACUACGCCGUCGUCUACCUCGCCCCCGGGGACUACCACCGCUUCCAUUCACCUGUGAGUUGGGUGUGCACAACCCGCCGUCACUUCGCGGGCGAGUUAUAUUCCGUCAGCCCUUACGUCCAACGCACGUUGCCGGGCUUAUUCACCCUGAACGAACGAGUCGUGCUGCUCGGGAGAUGGAAGUACGGCUUUUGCUCGUACGUCGCUGUGGGCGCCACCAAUGUGGGGUCUAUUGUGAUCAACUUCGACAAGGAACUGCGCACAAACUCGCUCACCACGGACACAGAGGCCGACAGACAAGCUGCCGCCGCCGCGGAACGAGGCGAGCCGUACUCGGGCUUCAGCGAAGCCACGUACGAGCGCGCGAGCAGGGUGCUCGGCGGACACGCCCUGCGCCGAGGCGAGGAGAUGGGCGGGUUCAGACUGGGGAGCAGUGUCGUGCUGGUCUUCGAGGCCCCAGCCGGCACCGAGACCAAGCCUGGCUUCAGAUGGGCCGUCGAGAAGGGCCAGAAGGUCAAGAUGGGCCAGGCCCUGGGAUACGUCGUUGAGGAGGAGUAA